GCGGCGCUGUCCGCUGGGCCGGUCCGGGUCGCCGGCAGCCGUGCUGCGCUCCGCGUCCCUGACGCUCGUGCUCGUAGCCCCCCGACGCGUGUGGUGGGGACAUGGCGGACUCGGCCAGCGAGGAAGACUCGGCCCAGGGGGAGGACACUUUUCUCUACUUCGCGUACGGCAGCAACCUGCUGACCGAAAGGAUCCACCUCCGAAAUCCCUCGGCCAAGUUCUGCUGCGUGGCCCGCCUGCAGGAUUUUACACUGGACUUCGGCAAUUUCCAAGGGAAAACAAGUCAGCGGUGGCACGGAGGAAUAGCCACCAUUUAUCAGAGUCCUGGCGAUGAAGUGUGGGGAGUUGUGUGGAAAAUGGACAAAAGCAAUCUAAGUUCUCUGGAUGAGCAAGAAGGGGUAGAAAGCGGAAUCUACAUUGUGAUAGAAGUUAAGGUGUCAACUCAAGAAAGGAAAGAAUUAACCUGUCGAAGUUACCUGAUGACAAAUUAUGAGAGCGCUCCCCCUUCCCCACAGUAUAAGAAGGUUGUAUGCAUGGGUGCCAAAGAACAUGGUCUGCCCCUGGAGUAUCAGAAGAAGUUAAAUGCAAUAGAAGCAAAUGACUACAAAGGCAAAGUCUCCCAGGAAAUAGAAGACAUGCUCAAGAAGCAGGAAACCAAGCCUCAGUAGAACCGUCUAGAAUGCAUCUCAGGACAGUCUCCCCAGUGUGCCAUGAGAAGACUUCUUUCCAUUAGAGAACAGAGACCCAAGUAUCUCCACAUUGAAUCUGCUUCCAGCAAUCCCUUGAAGAGACUUUUCAUUGGGGAGGGUGCCUUUUCCCCAGAUUAGAAACAGACACUGGGCAGAGGAAUAAGAUGGCUGAGACUCCCCCCAACCCCUGAGGCCAUGCCAGCAGCUCACUGUCCACUCCUGUGGAUGCAGCUGCUCUCUCAACUUGGUAGUGUUCUUGUGUGUUUCCAAGGAUGCUUGGUGGUGGUACUGGUGAACUGCUCUGGUCUGUUUUGUGUUUGCUUUUUAAUCAGCUUGAUAAAUAAACAAGAUGCAGAGACAGUUACUAACAUUUUUAGAAACUGUAAAAAUGGCAUACUGUUCUUAGAGGAAGAAAUGUAUUGUGG